GUGAAUACUUCAGGCAACAAUAUUAUCGCCAAAGUAGGUUUAGACAUUUCUAUGCUGAACGCGUUUGUUUGUCUGUGAUCUUCUUGCAGUGUGUUUCUGUUUUUGUUUUGGUGCAGUUUGAAGUUUCGCUCAGUUUUAAGAUGCCGCGCGCAAAAAUCGAAUUGGACGAUGAUAAAAAGUUUGCUUUAAUGAAAUUCAGAAGAAGCUUGCAUGACAUUUUGCAACCUCAGCAUGAUGACCAUUACCUUCUUCGGUGGUUGAGAGCGAGAAACUGGAAUCCAGCGGCUGCAGAGAAAAUGUUUCGAGAGUCGGUAAUGUUCAAAAAACAGUGGGAAAUGGAUUCUAAUUUAAUAGCAUGGGAUCCUCCAGAGCCCAUCAAGUUAUUUCAUCCCAGUGGCACGUGCGGGUUGGACAAAGACGGGGCACCAGUUAUCAUCGUUCCAUUUAAAGGAUUUGACCCCAUUGGAAUGUUAAGUUCGGUAUCAAAGUUAGAACUAAUAAAGAACGAAGCUAAAAUUUUGGAGACUAAUCUAAAGAUGGCAGCUGAGACAGGAGAACAUCAACUAGUGGUUAUUUUUGAUAUGGAAGAUUUCGAUAUAAAGCAGUAUGCUUCUAGACCAGCUGCUGAAUUAGCAAUAUCGCUCAUACAGUUAUAUGAAGCAAAUUACCCAGAGAUCUUAAAACAGUGCUACAUUAUAAACGCACCCAGAGUCUUUUCUGUGGCGUUUAACGUAGUCAAAAGGUUUAUGAACGGUUACACGCUGAGCAAAAUAAAAAUUUUCAAGAAUGAUCCCAGAAAAUGGCAACCUGUUUUGUUAGAGGCUAUUGAUCCUGAUAAUCUACCAGCCCAUUUUGGUGGAAAUCUUAAGGAUCCGGAUGGAAAUCCAAGGUACACGACAGUGAUCAAACAGGGCGGAAAAGUUCCUCAGUCGUACUACAAGAAAAACAUAGAAGUUAAGAAUUACGAACAAGAAUUUACUAAGGCUGUGAUAAAGAAAGGACAUAAAUGCAUAUUAGAUUUUAUUGUAGUGGAAGAAGGCUGUCAUUUAAAAUGGGAUUUCAAAACUGACGAACACGACAUAAAAUUCGGGAUCACUCUAAAGGACGAAAAUGGGGUUGAGAGCCCUGUGGUGCGCCACAGACGAGUCGCGUCGCACCAAAUUGACGAAAGCGGUGUAAUCGCGUGCCAAGCUCCAGCAACAUAUAUUGUGACCUUCGACAACAAAUACAGCAUGUUCAGAAGCAAAACCAUAUAUUACCGAAUAUACGUCACCCCGCCAUUAGAAAAACUAAACAUAGUACCCCAUGAUAACGACCUAAAUAUACUCCAAUUGAACUUAGAUGAAAACUUAGAGAGUCCAAAGAAAGAACAACUGAACAAUAAUGCAGUAGUUGAACCUACAACAGCGUGAAAUAUCUUACCACAAUAUAGCGUGAAUAUUAUUAUCUAUAUAAGGGGAAGGUUACGCGUAAGCGAAAUGAUGCUUGACAGUAUGCUAUCUUAGCAGAAGGCAAAAAGCUUAAAAUAUAAAAAAUAUUAAUCGAAAGGGUACCCCCGUUAACAUAGGCAAAAUGUCCUCACUCCCAGAAUUCAUUUUUUUUCAGUUUUUUAGUUUCUAUGUACUUAAAAAACAAGACUUGGCUCAAUUUUAAAGUAAAAGUGAGGUAAAAUGAAUUCCUUUCGAGAUUCAACAGUCUUCUUCCAAGAUAGCGAAAUAAUUAGGUUUCCAAAUGUUCUUAUUUUGGUUAUGUAUUAUAUUGUUUAUUUGAUGUAAAAUAAAGGUUUAAUUACUUACUUGAA